UAAACUUGAAGCAUCAAAAAAAAUUGAUUAUUUAUUUUGAUUACUCGAAUCUAAUUAAAAUUAUUUAAUUUGAGUGAAAGUAUUUUUAUAUUGUGCUCUAAUUGUACUUAAAAAUGGCUACGUUAGAUGAUAAAUUAUUGGGCGAAAAAGUACAUAAUUAUUGUAGUAGCAGUGAAAGUGAGGACGAAGAUGAAUCCGAUUCAGAAAAUAGCAAACAAGGAACAAAUAAAGAUCCAGCACCUCCACCACCUGAUCUCCAUAAAUGGGAAGGUUCAGCUGCAAACACAGGACCAAAAGGUGUGAUUAAAGAUUGGCAACGUUUUAAGCAACUCGAAACAGAGAGUCGUAUCGAACAAGAGAAAGAACGUAUAGAGCUGAUUAAAAAACUAUCACUUACAUGUCGAUCUGCCUUAGACGAAGAACGUGAUAAGGAAAAAGAUGCCGAUUUAGAUGAUAUAUUAAACGAUGAGUUCCUGUACGCAUAUCAAAAACAACGGAUGCAAGAAAUGAUAAUGCAAAAUGAAAAAAGUUUGCCGAAAUUUGGAAAUUUAAUUAAUUUAAAAUCGGGUGAUGAAUUUUUGGAAGCGAUUGAUAACGAACAUAAAUCGGUUAAUGUUAUCAUACAUAUUUAUGAAGAUUAUGUGCCCGCAUGUCGAACAAUGAAUACUUGUUUGACCCAAUUAACUAAAGAAUACGUUCAUGUGAAAUUCUGUAAAAUUAUUGGAUCUCUAGCUGGAAUGAGUCGUCUAUUUAAGGUGUCUGGUGUUCCUGCCUUGUUAAUUUAUAAAGGUGGUGUAAUGGUUGGUAAUUUUAUUCGAUUAACUGAUGAUCUAGGCGAUGAAUUUUAUCCGGAGGAAGUGGAAAGUUUCUUAAUUGAACAUGGUAUGCUUGUGGAUAAAACUUGUGUUCCUCCAAUCAUUUCGAAUGAAAACGAUGAUGCAGACAGUGAUUAAAUUGGAAUGUGGUUACUUUUCUCUUAAAACCACUUGUUCUCUGAUGGAAUUUCGUAACUUUUGAAGUUGGCUUUGUGUUUCGAUAACAAAAUUAAGUUUAGCAAUCUUAAAUCCUGAGAAAGAAUCGAUUGGAAUUGAAUUUUAAUGUUUGGGUGAUUCCAUACGUGACUGACACUACAUUUAAACCCAAAAUAUGUUUUAUUUUGCAUCAUAUUAUGUUAGCGGUUUUAGUUUUAGUUUAGUUUUAUGGUUGAUUCUACAUUUAUCUCUUUGUAGUAAAAUAUGCUUAACAAAAUGUGACUGACACUACGUUCGAGAGUGUUUAUAAACUUCGAAUAUCUUCCUCUAUGCAUUUAUAAUUUUAAAUUGUAUCUGGGGCCAAUUUUUAUUAAACAAAUUAUUGAAAAAAUGGUAAAAUAAAGAACCGUUGUAUUCUAGAAUCAAAUUUAUUACAAAAAUAAAUCGUGACUGACACUACCGUCACUCUAGAUUGCAAAUUAGUUGUAUUUUAAAAGAAAUCUUAGAAAUUAAUGUUCCAGGACACAAGAUGGGAAGUUCAAAAUCAUUUUAGAAAUAUGU